AUGUCACAAGAAAAUUAUCGUUUAGAUGCUACAUUAAAAUCAGCCAGAUCUGCAUGGAGUAAGAGUAUUCGUGAUAGUACAGCAUUUUCGCCUGGUGGCAUGAUUCCAAUGGCAUGGUCAGCAUGUCUGCUUAUUUACGUCGGCAGUAUUCUACAGUUAAUAGCAAGUAUUCUUCAGCAGCCUCCAAAUGAACAAAAAGAAGAAUUGUAG